AUGUCAGCUAAUAUAAUGCUUAACCGCCUGCGGUCGCUGGCUGGGGCGCAGCAGCUGCAAUGGCCGCCGGUAUCCUGCUCCGACCACGACGUGACCUUCGCGCGCUCAGACGGCACAAACACGCACAUCACUGUGGACUUCGACAAGCUGCUUAGCCAGCUCCAGGGCACGUUCCCCGACUACCGGCGGCAGAAGCUGGGAGUGCUGCGGAAGGCGUUUGCGUCGAUCCUUAAAGAGACUUUUGGGCCUGAUUACGCCAAUGGAAGUAAGGCUGAUGUGGAGAUGGAGGACUGGUCGCAGCCGGAACGGAGGAAUGCUCGCCGUAAAUCGGCUGACUUGCCUGACUCCGAGCUGCGUAGCCUGAAUGCCACCAUGGCCGACUCCUACCGCCAACCGGCAUCCGGCGACCGCAGUGGCGCCAAUGGCACUACUAAGCGUGCGAAGAAGUCGCGAAAGAGCGACGCGGAUGAAGAGGGAUUUGAGUCACGCAUGCUGUUCAUACCGGAGCGGAAUAUCGCAACUCGUCUGGAUCACGUGGGCGGUAUCGAAUCGAUUCGCGCGGAUAUAAACGACCUGGUGGUGCGCCCGCUUAAGUUCCCUCACGUUUACCGGUUCUUGGGAGUCCAGCCUACCAAGGGCAUCCUGCUGCACGGCCCGCCUGGUUCUGGCAAGUCCAAGCUUGCCGAGGCUAUCGCAGGAGAGGCUGGCUGUGCGUUCUUCCGGGUUGCCGCCACGGAGCUGGUGACCGGCAUGUCCGGCGAGUCGGAGAGCCGGUUGCGCGACUUGUUCGAGCAGGCCAAACGCACGGCCCCGAGCAUCAUCUUCAUAGACGAGAUCGAUUCCGUGACUCCAAAGCGAGAGAACAGUUCUCGGGAGUUGGAGAAACGCAUCGUCGCCCAGCUGGGCAUAUGCAUGGACUCCCUCGCCGACCACUUCGUCAUCGUUAUUGGGGCCACUAACCGUCAGGAGUGCCUCGAUCCCAUGAUCCGGCGCAACGGUCGGUUCGAUCGUGAGAUUAGCAUGGGCAUCCCCGAUACCGAUGCCCGCUUCAGCAUCCUGCGGGCGGUUUCUAUGGGGAUGCGUCUGGGCGAGGAUGUGGACUUCGAUGAGAUUGCGGCCAUGACCCCGGGUUUCGUUGGUGCAGACCUACAGGCCGUCACGCGAGAGGCUGCGGCGUGCGCAAUAACGCGUAUAUUUGCGGAGAGAGGGGAAACGAUCGCUCCGGACUCGGUAGAUAUGGAGUCCGCCUUCGUUACGCAGCAGGACUUCAGGGCGGCGGUUGGCCGCGUCCAGCCAAGCGCACAGCGUGAGGGUUUCGCCACCAUACCUAACGUGACAUGGGACAACGUGGGCGCAUUGUCGCAUCUGCGGAAGGAGAUGGAAGACCACAUUGUGUUCCCCAUUACGUUCAAGAACCUCUAUCGCACUUUCGGGGUGGCGGUGCCCGCCGGCAUCUUGCUCUACGGGCCCCCAGGCUGUGGCAAGACGCUGCUGGCUAAGGCAGUGGCCAACGGCAGCAAGGCUAACUUCAUAUCGGUCAAAGGUCCCGAGCUUUUGAACAAGUACGUGGGCGAGAGCGAACGUGCUGUGCGCCUGAUAUUCCAACGAGCCGCUGUGAGCGCGCCGUGUGUCGUAUUCUUCGACGAGGUGGACUCCCUGUGCCCGGUGCGCAACAGCGAGUCCAACCAGACCACCGAACGUGUGGUCAACCAGCUGUUGACGGAGAUGGACGGUAUCCAGAACCGGCGCGAGGUCUACGUUCUGGCAGCAACUAACAGGCCGGAUAUCAUCGACCCGGCGAUGCUGCGACCUGGCCGUCUGGAGCGCCAGAUGUACGUGCCGUUGCCCGAUGCGGCAGGCCGCGUGGACAUUCUGCAGAAGCUCACUGCCGGCAUCCCCGUAUCUGCGGAUGUGAACUUCCAGACUCUGUCGAUGCAAACCAACGGGUACAGUGGCGCUGACCUGGCGUGCUUGGUGCGCGAGGCAGGCAUAGCCGCAGUCGAGAAGUAUCGAACCGAGUUCAUGAACGCAAGUGCCGCAGGGGUGUCCAUGCGCUUAGUUGCAGCGCCAAGCGGUGCCUGUGUCACCUCGCAUGACUUCGCCGUGGCGCUGUCCAAGGUGACGCCCUCGGUGACCCAGCAGCAGAUCGACUUUUACGAGCGCUUCCGCCACAGGCAGUUUGCUGGUCAGACGUUAAAUUAA